GACCGGCGUCGCGAAUCAUAAACGCAUCUUUUUGGGCGCUUACUCAGCUACGUCCUUCCCUAAAUACUAUAUUGUCUUGCCCUGCAGUUCUCCAGCCACGUAGUCAUCGUUCCUUACCUGUCGCAAAUCUAAAGAUAUCUCUACAUCUAGUUGACUUGUCGCGUCUCCCGUUGAGUCUGGCCAUGGUCCACAAUUUUUUCGUCGUCCUCAAAACCGAUUUGCACUAUGUUACAACUUCCGAUAACGCUCGGAUCCGCGAUAUCUUCGACAACCUCGAAUCCAAAUCGAUUGUAGCACGUCGUGUUUUGCGUGGAAUCUUAUAUCAUCAAUGCGACUACUACAAGCUCAAAAACCCCGUGCUUGUUCCUGAUCGCGUAGUCCCUGCCGACAUCGUCCCAGAGUGCCUGGAUAAGAGCAAUUGGCACAAGGUGACCCCUCUGCAUCGCGUGCGGAGUCUGGCACAAUCCAUAUCAAAUGAUUAUGUCUACAUCGUGAUCAUACCUGAUGAGGGUGCAGCAGAGAGAAUUAUCGCAGCUCUCAAUAGAGAUCAUAAAGAGAUAUUCAGCCGCUUGCAGAUCAGGGUAUCCAGGCUGCAAAGAUGGACGAUGGACGAUGUCACCCAUAACAUGGCGGGUGGCAGGUUGUACCUUCCCGACAACAAACGUCCAGUCGAACUCUCUGAAAUAGAGGCAUCAUUGACACAACGCCGUACCUACAACGUCCCGAGCGCCCCAGAGAGCGGGGAUUAUCAGAGUGCUUGCGAAUACCCUGAACAUUUUCACAACAUCUUUGAGUCGACUCUGAACCAAUCGGGCACUGUGACCGACCGGGAAUUCGUAGCCUUUUUUAAUGUCCUUCGGUGCUUUCACAAGGACUCGAAACACCUUAGCACCGACUCAUCCUCCGCCCUCAAGACUAGCAACUUCAUGGUGUAUUUUAUAGGUCCACCUUUCUUUUCCAGUCGCAGUUUCGAUUUGAAGGAGAAGACGCCCUUGAACUUCCCUAUAUUUAUUGGUACUGACGAUCAGCCCAAUUCAUGGUGCCAGUUUCACCCGAGUAGUGAUUUGAUGGUUUCAUCACCCUUGUUUGGUUUCCCGUUCCCCGUCUGCGAAGUGGUUUCACAGAAAAAAGAGGAAGACCGAUGCCGUAUGCUGCUUCAAGCCAUUACUAUCGUGCGGGCGGGGCAGUACUUGAUGGCGGACGGUGCACCGAAACCGUUUUUCGUUGUCGCAAUUUACCUCCGUGCAAAUUUGACUGCGGAAAGAUACGUGGUCACCCACACUACACCGACGGAAGACCAAGAGGACCGCCAGGUAUCCAUUGCCCAGAAAGAUUUUGACCUUACCACUGCAGAUGGUGCAGUCACAUUUCUUCGUGAGAUGUACAACCUCGCCGCGAUGCUUGAGGAAUUGGCCAAGCAUCUUGACAAACGCAAACAGGAUAGCCUUGUUAAAGUCGACCAGGAUGCUGCCAGCCUGAGGAUGAUUUCCCUCGCAUCUAAGGUUAAGAAGGACAAGACGGGCGGCUCGACAUUGGCCUCAACAGUUGAGGAUGAUACUGAUGAGGAGCCUCGAGAUGAUCUCGGCGUCUUUGGUACGGACGAUAUCAAAGCUAUUCUGAAGAAGAUGAAUUACAAGAUCGACUUCAUCCCUUAUAUGUAUCCACUGAUAGCUGCUGUGUCGAACAGAACUGACGAGUCCGAGGAAGGAUACCUGAAGUUCGUGGAAGAAGGGGGGCAGGAAAUUGAAAUCUUGCGAUACCUCACAGGAUUCGAUUCCCCUGCAAAUCAUACCAUCUCUGGAGUACAAAUCUGGCCUGUACGCGGCGGCGACGUCAUAUCGAUGCCGGUUUCUGGCGCUCAUCUUACGUCGCUAACCAACCCCAGUGCACACCUGUGGUCUGUGGCUAAACAGCUGUUCGAAGCGGUCGACUUCAUGCACCAACACGGCGUGGCGCACAUGGAUCUGAAGCCGAAAAACAUCUUGAUCCCUGUCGACGGCGGCCGUCUGACUGUCAUCGACUUCAACAGGUCCUUGCGAGUCAAGGGUGUCGAACAUAAGUUUCGUGGCACCGCGGGCACUCCUGAAUAUAUCGCCCCUGAGGUAGCCGCUGGUAAAGGCAACUUCAGUGCGAUCCGGGCGGACUUGUGGUCCUGUGGAAAGACAUUAGAGGAGCUGUGCAACAAGUGUCGCCCAUCCACGGAUCGCGAUACCCUCCUCGAAAUUUCGUCGCAACUUAUGGAUGAAGACCCGAAAAAGCGACCGAUGAUGACAGAGGUAUUGGACAGGCUAACCCGUUGUACCGUUGGUAUUUCCACCUGACCAGGUUCUUCAAGGUAACGUGAAUCUGGACUCUUCCUCUGUUACCUGUCGUGAGUAGUUUCUGUUGCUCCACAGGAAGUAAAGGCGUGAAUUCAACUUCAAACUCCUUUAGAGAGUGGUUAAAGAUUGGAUUUACCGGAGUUGCCAGGUGGUACUUACACGGUGUCGUUGAGCAACGAAUUGUUUUUUUUAAAUCUAGAGUGAACAAAACAUUGCGAAAGCGAAAACAAGACAACAGUGGAGCACAAGAGCAUGUGCGUACAGACAUAACAGGGUGAUUCGGUAAUUUUUACAACUUGGAGCUUAAGUAUAGCAACGUAAACGAAAGAGAAUGCGAUAGUAUGCAGAACCCAUGAACUCGGCAUACGGGAUGAAGACAAUACAGCAGGACCUACACACCAAUAUGAAUGAAAACAAUUCUCUGC